AUGUAAUCGCAUCGCAUUCAAUCGCAGCUUACAUCGUGACAAAGCCGGAUAUACUCAACCAGCCAACAAAAAGAAUACAUACCUGGGCAACAUCAAUUGGUAAAGCUACUUGCGCUCAAUUGCCAACCAAGCAUUCAUUUCCCCUUGUCGUUUAAUAGUAUCAAACUCGGUACCUAGAUUUCACCAUGUCUAAGACAUUUACUGCGAAGGAUGUCGCCGAACAUAAGGACGAGCAAAACGGCAUAUAUAUCAUUGUAGAUAGUGGCGUCUAUGAUAUAACGAAUUUUCUCGAGGAACACCCGGGCGGAGCGAAGAUCCUGAAACGAAUGGCCGGCAAGAACGCGACGAAGCCAUUUUGGAAAUAUCACGGCAAGAGUGUCCUGGACAAAUACGGCGACAAACUAAAGAUUGGCGAUUUGACAGAAACAGCAAAGUUAUAAGAGAGCUGGUUAUGUGCAAACCAAAUCCGACAGGAAAGGGGUCGCAAUCUCUGUGACCGACGACAUGGCUAUCUAACUUAUAAAGAUUCCCAUCUGUUGAAUUGGAUGUAGUCUUGGCCAUCCCCCGCUAUACGGAAUCAUGUCACGACGAAUAACAGCGGACUUAUAUUUAAUACAGUACAUACCUGCUUUACGCCGGAGUUGAAUUAUUUUCAUACCAUCGAGGGUUUACAUUGAGGCGUCAAUUAACUUGCUCACCACACACCUGGGUUUCUAGCUUAUCCUCCCAGACUCUACUGAUCUAUAAAAAUCACCCAUUCCAUUUCGAACCACGACUCUGACAUCCAGGCAUCCUCCAAGACGUACAGCCGUUAUAAAAUUCCUGUUUGUUAUUAUAUGCACCUUUUGAUAUAGCUCUGUUGUUCGGCCCUCUUUGAACGUAAUGAGAAUGUCGUCCAGGCAUGUGCGAUCUUGUCGAUGUGUAGCACCAUGCUUGCAUUUAGGUGAUUAAGUUCCUAAGUUGCUGGUAAUCCAUAACAAUAAAACAUAACAGAUUCAAGCCCAGCCCUCGACCCAGAGAAUAGUGGCCUAUCGAC